UUUAGAUUUUCUGAUUGUUAUGAUGUGUUAUUAAUGGUAAUUGGUGUACUGGUGUCCAUGUUACAUGGAGCUGCAUAUCCUGCCAUGGUCUAUGUUUUCGGUGAAUCUAUCGAUCUGUUUAUCAGCACCGGUGUUUUGGAGCAAUUCUUGAAUAAACCAUCGGUAAAAGAAUUCUUAGGAACAAUGUUAGAUCAGAUGUUUUGGUACGCAAUGUAUUACAUAAUCAUUGGCAGUUCAGUUAUAAUAUUGGGAUACAUACAGAUUUCUGUUUGGAUGAUUACUGCAGAACGACAGAUCCACAGGAUACGAUUGACGUUUUAUGGUAACAUUCUAAAACAAGAUAUUCGAUGGUUUGAUUUGAAUGAUUCGGGACAGCUGAACUCGCGACUGUCGGAUGACAUUGGUAGAAUACAUGAGGGAUUGGGUGAUAAAUUAGGUUCCUCUGUACAAUGGAUAUCAGCAUUUCUAGCUGGUUGUAUCAUUGGUUUUAUUAAUGGUUGGAAACUGACGCUAGUGAUACUAUCAAUUAGUCCAGUCCUAAUUCUAGCUUCAGCGUUAAUGAGUAAGCUUGCUGCCAGUCUUACCAAUAAAGAACUAAAAGCGUAUGCUAAAGCAGGAUCAAUAGCUGAAGAGGUUUUAAGUUCCAUUCGAACUGUGGUCGCAUUCGGUGGGCAGCACACGGAAGCAGUUAGGUAUGGAGAAAAUUUAACAGAAGCGAAAAAGUUUGGCAUAAAAAAAAGUAUUUCAAAUGGAUUAUGUCUUGGAUUUCUGUCUUUUGUUGUCAUGGCAACAUAUUCUUUGGGAUUCUGGUACGGGACCAAAUUAACCAUUAUAGAACCAGAAAUGUACAGUGUUGGUAAAAUGAUGAUAGUAUUCUAUGCAGUGUUUGUUGGAUCAUUUUCUCUGGGUAACGCCUCACCUGGCUUUACAGCUUUGUCUUCUGCUCGCGGUGCUGCCUAUGUUAUCUACCACAUGAUUGAUCAGAAACCAGCUAUAAAUAUUUCAAAUGAUGAUGGACUACAACCGGAAGUAGUUAAUGGUUACAUUAAAUUUAGAAAUGUUAGCUUUUCAUAUCCAUCUAGACCGGAAGUUCAGGUCCUGAAGCAUAUCGAUCUGAAUGUUAAAAAAGGACAAACAGUAGCUUUAGUUGGGUCCAGUGGCUGUGGUAAAUCAACCGUCGUACAGCUACUGCAAAGAUUUUAUGAUCCUUUGGAUGGACAGAUAUCAUUAGAUGGUAAUAAUGUUAAGGAAUUGAAUCUGAAUUGGUAUAGAAAUAAUAUAGGUAUAGUCAGCCAAGAACCGAGUUUAUUCGCCACGACCAUAGCUGAAAAUAUCAAAUUCGGAAAAGAAGAAGUUACAGAAGCUCAAAUGGUGGAAGCUGCAAAGAUAGCUAAUGCUUAUCACUUCAUCGUUCAACUUCCACAGAAAUUUAACACAUUGGUUGGAGAACGUGGAGCUCAACUCAGUGGUGGACAGAAGCAACGAAUAGCCAUUGCCAGGGCAUUAGUUCGUGAUCCAAAGAUUUUGUUACUAGACGAAGCUACAUCUGCCUUAGAUUCAGAGAGCGAGUCUAUUGUUCAAAAGGCUUUAGAUAAGGCACGUGAAGGACGAACUACCAUUAUUAUAGCCCACCGGCUAUCAACCAUUAGAUCUGCUGACGAAAUAUACGCGUUUCAAGAUGGCGCCGUAAUGGAAAGAGGUAACCAUGAUGAAUUAUUGAAUAAAAGAGGAAUAUACUACAAUUUAGUAAUGAAUCAGGUAAGUUCGGUAGAAAUAGAAGAAGAUUUACAUGAAUUUAUUAGAACAGAAUCGCUUAGAAGAAGUGGAAAACUAGAACGAAGUUUAUCUAGAAAAAGUAAAAGAUCAACUUACACAGCACCCCCAGACUCCGACGUUACCCAAACUGAUACAGACCAGAGUAGUGGUGGAUUAUUGACAAUGUUUGCCAUGAAUUCUCCAGAAUGGUACCUCAUAGUGAUAGGAUGUUUAGCAGCCUUAUUGAGUGGUUCCGUCCAACCAUCCUUUGCCAUCAUCUUUUCAGAAGUUUUACGUGUAGGUGAUGAUAGUGACCAUCUAACGGAUAUUGAGCGUCAAAAUGAGGUCUUAAAACUAUGUUUGAUAUUGCUAGGAAUAGGAUGUGGAAGUUGGUUAGCGACUUUCUUGCAGAGUUACAUGUUUGGUAUUUCCGGAGAAAGGCUGACGUUGAGACUGCGUAAGAAUACAUUUACAGCCAUGUUAAAUCAAGAAAUGGCCUGGUUUGAUCGAGAAGAAAAUAAUACAGGAUCACUGACGACUAAAUUAGCCACAGAGGCAUCGUCUAUACAAGGGGCAACAGGAGUAAGACUGGGAAUGGCGUUUCAGAAUAUUUCCAGUAUGGGUAUUGCUCUUGUCAUCGCUUUCAUUUUUGGUUGGAAGCUCAGUCUACUGAUUUCAGCCUUCUUACCAUUUAUCGUUAUUGCUGGUGCCAUACAAAUCAAAAUUUUAGCUGGUGUGGCUGGUAAAAAUAAAACAGCCUUAGAAAAUGCUGGAAAGGUUGCUGUUGAAUCUUUAGACAACAUACGAACAGUGACGUCAUUUUCAUUACAAGAAAGAUUCCAGAAGAUGUACUCAACCCAAUUAGCUAGACCUUAUCGAAGAGCAUUAGGGAAGGCACAUUUGGCAGGAGCUGCCUUUGGAUUUUCACAGUCUGUGAUAUUCUUUGCCUAUGCAGCCUCAUUUUACUAUGGUGCCUAUUUGAUUCGGCAGAAUGAAAUGGACUAUGUCUCGGUGUUUAGGGUGUUCGUUGCUAUUGUAUUUGGUGCCUAUGCAUUAGGACAAGCAAGUGCCUUCGCUCCAGAUGCAUCCAAAGCUAAAAUGGCGGCACGUGAUAUUUGUCAUCUGUUGGACAGAAAACCAACCAUUGAUUGUAACAAUGUGACAGGUACAAUACCACAGCAGAUAUCCAGUGCAAUCAACUUUAGAAACGUGAGAUUUGGAUACCCUACUCGACCAGAUAUAAAUGUGCUUAAAGGAUUAGAUAUAAAUAUAGAAGCAGGACAGACAGUAGCUCUAGUCGGUACUAGUGGUUGUGGAAAAUCAACAGUCAUUCAAAUAUUACAGAGAUUAUAUGAUCCAUAUUCCGGCAACAUUCUUAUUGGUGGAAGCAAGGUUUCAGAUUUGAACAUUCAAUGGCUACGAUCUCAGAUCGGGUUAGUAUCACAAGAGCCGGUACUUUUCAAUAGAAGUAUUAAAGACAAUAUAGUUUAUGGAGAUUUAUCUCGAACUGUUUCGACUGAGGAAGUAAUAUCUGCUGCUAGAAAGGCCAAUAUCCACCAUUUUAUUAUGCAGUUACCAAAGAGCUACGACACUACUGUUGGUGAGAAAGGGUCCCAACUCAGUGGUGGACAGAAACAAAGAAUAGCCAUCGCCAGAGCUUUAAUUCGAAAUCCAAAAAUACUUUUAUUAGAUGAAGCUACGUCCGCUUUAGAUACAGAGAGUGAAAAGGUAGUACAUGAAGCCUUAGAAACAGCCCGAGUUGGUAGAACGUGUAUUAUAAUAGCACAUCGUUUGUCUACAAUUCAGUCAGCUGAUAAUAUUGUAGUCAUUAGAAAUGGUACAGUCAUAGAACAAGGAUCUCAUUCAGAACUACUCAAAAUACAGGGUUUUUAUUAUAAACUAUAUACAGCACAAAAUAAAACAUUAUUACAUUGA